UCGAACAAAUUGAAUCACUUCAAUCCUCAAUUAGAGGCAAUAAAUGUUUUUUAUUCCAAGCUCACGUUUAAGCAUUUUGUCAAUGGGUUACUAAAAAAGGAGGAGUGGAGUGAUUGAGAGAAUUGGGAGCCCCCCAGCAGUGCUCAGCGUUGUAACACGACGCCCGUGGAGUUGCAAUCAUCACAUGGCAGAUGGAAAUUUCCACUGAGUCCUUGCUUGUUAAAUGGGAAGGGUCUCCAACUCUUGUCUUCACUAGUCCGUCUCCUCCUCCGCCUGCUGCAGCUGUCCACCACGCUCCAACAGCCGGUCUUCUAGACGUUAAGGAAGAAGUUGUCUCUAAUUGUGAGGUAUAAAAACCUGAGAUCUCGAGAACUAGACUUCUCUGCAGUGCAUCACCAUGCCAGGAGUCGUGGAUCGUAUGGAGCUGAGCAAAGUCUCCACAGAGGCUGACGACGACAGCAUGGACAGCCUGGAUGACCGCUUCACAGAGCCCAUUGACUCUGAGAAGGCCACCAUCGACAGUCAGUUUUUGGACGACAACGAAGACGGAGAAAGCCAGAAGUUCCUGGCAAACGGGAUGAUGAAGAAGAAGAAAUACGAGGGAUACCAUGAGGAAUAUCAUCCCGGCCACACCUCCUUCGGGAUGUCCGUCUUCAACUUGAGCAAUGCCAUAAUGGGCAGCGGCAUCCUGGGCCUGUCCUACGCCAUGGCUAACACUGGCAUCAUUCUCUUUACAAUCCUCCUAUUUGGUGUGGCCAUCCUCUCCUUAUAUUCAGUACAUCUACUGCUUGUGACAGCCAAAGAAGGAGGAUCCCUCAUCUAUGAAAAGCUGGGAGAGAGAGCAUUUGGUUGGCCUGGAAAAAUUGCAGCAUUCGGAUCCAUUAUCAUGCAGAAUAUUGGAGCUAUGUCUAGCUACCUCUUUAUUGUCAAGUAUGAGCUUCCUGAAGUAAUCAGAGCCUUCUUGGGUUUGGAGGAAAUCACCGGUGAAUGGUACAUGGAUGGAAACUACCUGGUGGUGUUUGUGUCUGUUGGAAUCAUUCUGCCUUUGUCUCUCCUUAAGAAUCUCGGCUACCUGGGCUACACCAGCGGCUUUUCCCUUACCUGCAUGGUCUUCUUCCUGGGAGUGGUGAUCUACAAAAAGACCCAGCUGCCCUGCCCUCUCCCGUUCCUUAACCACCACUCUGCCAACCUUAGCAUGAACGCCUCGGACAUGUCGGGAUUGUACCAACCGCUGAACAACUCGGCACAGAUGGAUUUCUCUCGGGCCGACGUUACCCCGGCUGUCCCCACCAACAACGACGCUCACCACUCCACCAGCGUCCACUAUGAGCCUCAUCCUGAUGACGAGGAGAUGUGCACACCCAAAUACUUUGUCUUCAACUCACAGACCGCCUACACCGUGCCCAUCCUGGCUUUUGCUUUUGUGUGCCACCCUGAAAUUCUGCCCAUCUACAGUGAGCUGAAAGAUCGCAACAGGAAAAAGAUGCAGAACGUCUCCAACCUGUCCAUCCUGAUGAUGCUCGUCAUGUACAUGCUGUCGGCGCUGUUCGGCUACCUCACCUUCUACAACAACGUGGAGGCAGAGUUGCUCCACACCUUCACCAAGGUCUAUAAGUUCGACACCAUGUUGCUGCUGGUGCGUUUGGCUGUGCUCACCGCCGUCACUCUGACUGUGCCCAUCGUACUGUUCCCUAUCCGUUCCUCGAUCAACACUCUGCUGUUCAGCAGGCGAGAGUUCAGCUGGACUCGCCACAUGCUUAUCGCCGCCACCAUCCUGGCCUUCAACAACAUGCUGGUCAUCUUUGUGCCCACCAUCAGAGAUAUCUUUGGCUUCAUUGGUUCUUCUGCAGCCACCAUGCUCAUCUUCAUCCUCCCUGCUGCCUUUUACCUCCGGCUGGUCAAAUCUGUGCCGCUCCGCUCCCCUCAGAAGAUCGGGGCAUUCAUUUUUCUGGUCGUGGGAGUCGUCUUUAUGAUUGGCAGCUUGUCACUCAUCGUCCUGGACUGGAUCCACAACCCUCCAGGCUCCGGCGGGGAACACUAAGUCCCCUCUGCCCCCCUCAGAUUCAAGGGUGCAGCUAACCCUCUUCAGCCUCCACCCUGCAAUGUCUCUUCUGUUAUUACUCAGCUGGUCAGACAUCUGGGAACACUAUCCAUCAGCGAUUCCCUUCUUCAUCAAACCACAACAUUGAUCGUAAAAUAUCAUCACAUGGACAUAAUGGUCUGCACAGGGUUGAGAUAUCUUCAGUUUUUCCUCAAAAUGGAAGGCUUUUUGCCGGUUUUAAAGUUUUUGCUCUAAAGUUUUGGAUGUGACACAACAGAAACAAGAGAUUCAAAACCCUGAGAUGAGGGGAAACAGACUCCGGCUCAAGGUGCAGCCAAGACGACCUGAAAUCACCAUCAUUAUCAUUAUUUUUCCCAGCCAUGAAGAGACAGAACAAACACAAACUAUGCAGCUUGAGGCAUAUCUAUGAGCUGCUGUGAGCAGGGCUGGAAAGACAAUGUAAGUCCCCCAGUCCUCUGUGCACUUGAAGGAGACAUUUGGGGGUGUAUAAACCUCCAUGAGACAAGGAGCACUUCUAGCAUUAUGUUUCAUUUUGUGUGUAGAACUAACACACACACAAACCACAAAGACACAAACACACUUACACCAGCAUUUUCAAGCUGUUAGCCAUAACUAAUUCCUAAAAAUAAUCUUGCUUCGGCUCAAAACAAUGGUUAAUCAGCAAAACAAUUCAGUCAUGUGGGAUUUGAAGGCAGGAAAGUUUGGUUUAUUUUGCCUCUCUGCUUCACUUUAACAAUCAGGAGCUUUGCCAAAGUUUGCAUGCGCAUACAAGUUAAGGGGAUUUGGUUAAUAGAGAGGUAGAGCUUCCUUCCUGGCUGUUUGUUCAUUCUGACCGUGUGCACAAAGCAUGGGGACGCUUCAGUAUUUCUGUUACAGAGGGAUUGAAACAUACAAGGUAUAAAUGUAUAUAGAGCAGUGUGUGUACUAAAAAGAAGUUGUUGUACAUAAUAUCCUUCUAGGCCUUGAACCAACCUUCAGGUUGAAUGAAGUUGAAUUCCCCACACAUCUUCACCUUGAAUAAUUUAUUAGCUACCUGAUAAAGGGUCACACAGCUGUCACAGGUUAUUUCUCUUAAUAGUUGUUAAAAAUAUGCAUGAAAUAUGUAAGUGCAGUUUAGAAACAAUUAACAAUUUAGAAAAAGAGUUUCAGUCAAUCGUUGGAGCCAAAGGUGAGACGCGCCUUUGAAUGAUGCUUUAUGUGCCACAUGAGUCCCAUCACCACUGAAACAAAGACCUCUCCCUCUCAAUGGUAUUAAAAAAAGAAUGUAAUCAUAAGCCGUCAGUAAAAGACAUAUUUUGAUGCUUUAGUAAGCACAAGAAGAUUCAUACCUUUCCAAAUCUUAACGUCAAAAACAAGGCGUGUUAGCAGUUAGCUUGGCAUAAAAACUAGCAUAAGGAAAUAGCUAAAUCCUGGACAAACAUACUGAACAUCACACAUUUCAGCUGUAAUGGAAUUUAAACUAUGAAGAUUUUAUGUUUUAACCUCUGUGCUGUUUGGUUGAUUUAACUUUGGAGCCAACCAGGACUUCUCUUUUUUUCACUCUCAGUUCAUAUGCCAAGCUAGCUAACGGUUUUGGGGCGUUACUUAAUCCUCAGUCCUCAGACUUGACAGUGGUAUCAAUCUUUCUCUGUAAUCUAAGCAACACAAGAGAGCUCUAUUCAACAUUAAAAUAUCAAAGUAUUGCUUAAAAUUGUUGAAUAAUCUUUAUAGAGGUGAUCAAACGAAUUAUGACAUUUGUCCAAGAAUAGGACCUAGCUUUGAUAACCAUGUCUAUAUUAAGACGCAGAUGAUUGGAGCUGAUUUAAAGUGCUAGUUGUAAACUGAACUCAGAAACUGAGUUAAUGAACUAAAUGAUUUGGUUUUUAUCUUUAAACAUCUUGACAUGAUUUUUAGACAAUUAGUUUUAUCAGUCUUUAAUUGACUUGACCAAUACUCAUCAGGUAGUCACAUAACCUCAGUGUUUACCCUGUUUUUCACUCAAUUAAUCAUCAAAUGGACCUUAAACAAGAUUAUCCUUAUGAAUUGUGCCUUUUGGAUUUAAUAACAUCAUAACUGGCUUGUUGUACCGGUGCCUUUGGUAAAAUCGACAACAUCAAAACCUCAUGUCACCUCUCCUCUGAUGCCGUUACGUGUCGCGGACACAUCCAGCCAAAGUGGACAACAUUAAUAGAUCCUUUGCGGAUCUCAGUACAUGAAACAAAUAGAUAUUUCAAAUGAAAUAGUGUAUUAUGUGCAUGUUUUUGGAUUACAAACAUGGUCUUUUUGGACAUUUGUAUAUGCUAUGUAAAUAAUCUUUAUGUUAUGGUACACUGACACUCAUCGUCUGUGAGUGGGUUGUUUGGGGGAUUCUGCUUUACAAAUCUUCAUCAAUCCAGCGUUUGUUAUAGUAUAUAUAAAUAUAUUAGGUGUAUUAGUUUUUUCUCUUGCUGUAUGACAGUUGUGUCGUUACUUGAUGCUUGUACAUUUGUAGAAAUUUUUAUCUCUAUAUCUCAACUUGUUCCUGCGUUUUAGUGUUAUCUUGUCACAUUAGGUUGAAUUCGUCAGCGGCAUACUUCCUUAUAAGGUGUUCUUAAAAGUCUCAGCAACAAGGCAAAAGUUUCAUUAGCUUACUUUCGUUCAUGGUGGUAAAAACUGGGCUGAAUCAAAACCACAAGUUAGCUGUAUUGGUUUGAAUGUAUUUUCCAAAAAAAGUUAACGAAUAAAGUAAGGACAAGGUCAUACGAAAUAUGUCAUAACCACACUACAGGAAGGUUUCCGGACAGACCUCCAUGAGAAUCUGUUCUCAGAGCUUGGUUCUUCUGCUGUAUAUUGCAUGGAAAAUCACUAGCAUGUAGUAGUACACCUGUGCUAACGUAUAGCUGUAUACCUCUACAACCGGAUAACGACAUGAUCGAGAACCUUCCGAGUUUACCGGGUCUGAAGCUGUACAAGGACAAUCGUAUACCGUUGUAGUUCAUACCUUACUGUGGCUCAUAAUGUAUAUCACUGCUGUCAUAGAGAAACCUUUUAAACACGGUUUUGUUGAGGUUUUACUUACAUGACGUUACUUGAACUGAAGUUUUCCACGGCAUGACAGAGCUUCUUAAGAAGGGUCUCUGAAAUACUUACUAUGAAUGUUGAAAAAGUUAUUGUUUUCAGUCUGGCUUACUCUACUAAAGUUUCUUCACAAAUGUUUUGUCUAUCACUUACGCAGCCUCCUGAUGCUCCCGAAACCACACUUUCUCUACCUUUAGUUUCUCAGGUAUUCAGUGUGGAUGGAUUUCUCUUCUCACUGUUGGUUCACACAUCUUCACAUUUUGCAUGAUUGAGCCUAAACAUACAAUGCUGUUGUGUAUUGUGCUGGCCAACAUUAGAAGUCAUCUUGUGGAUUUGUCACCAGCAAAUUUUUUAACAGUAUUUUUUUAAAGGAAUUGUGCAGAAUCACCUGCCUUAUUUUUCUAUGGAGCCUCAGCCGUGGAAUAACACUUGCUCAAUGUUACUGCUGUUCAGUGUCUCUGCUUCCUGUGGAUCGGGCUGAACAUUCAGAUUUGAAAUUGUACCCAAACAAAGGGGAUUUUUGUAUGUAUCAGUGAUGCUGUUUCAUUAUGAUGAACAAUAAAUGUGAAAUAAAAAGACUUGCAAUUUUG